UUCUUUUCAACUCUAGUUCUCCUUUAUAUGUGGGGUAACCUGUGGGUGGAGGCAGAGCUCGCCGAAGCCAAGCAGGUGCGACGGGAGAGGAUGCUGUCUGCAGGGUCCGGCAGCUUCAGUCUCAGUGAGGACGACUUUGAUGGACACCUCGGCAGGGGCAGGCCCACCAGUAGAAGGUCUGGAACAACAGCUGUGAACGGCGGCUCAAGCAGGCACCAUGGGGACUACACAGGAGUGGACGCUGAUCUUGACCUGUCGGUGUCCACAGACACAGAGAUGGAGGACGUGGUGGAUCAGUCUCCGCUGGCCAACAUGAGGAUCACCUCCCAGUCUCCCCUCAAUGACUCGUCCACCCUGCUGAAGCUGAACCAGCGUCUGCAGGAGGUGAGCCGGCAGCUGGAGAGGGAGAAGGCCGGCCGGGAGGAGGGGCAGGUCAAGGUCAGGUCACUCGAGUCCGAGAGGAACGACCUCAAAAGGAGACUGGACACAGCCAAUCGAGAGAAGUCCAACCUCGACACCAUCAAAAUCGACUUGGAGGGAGAGAUUAGAAAACUCAAAUAUCAGCUGGGAGAAGAGCAGGAGAGAAGGAAGACUGCAGACACCGUCCUCAACAAGACCAAGGAGCAGCUGGCCAAGAAGGAGACUCAAUAUUCUCAAGAAGUAGAAAACAAACAGAAGUCUGAGCUGACAAUCAGAGGUCUACAGAUAGAACUCAGGUCCACCCAGUCACAAGUCAAAGCAUUGGAGGAGGAGCGUGAUGAGGCUCGGCGGCUGUUGUCAGCAGAGAAGCAGGCUCGGCAGUCUCAGGAGGAACAUCACAAUGAGCAGAUGCAGCAGCUCAAGAACGAGGAAAUCAGCAAGUUGUCAGUAGACAGACAGAGUGAGGCCCUUAACAAGCUGGAGAGUGCAGACGACACCAGACGCUCAGUUUCUGAUCACAACGAGAAACUGAAGAGUGAACUCAUGCAUCUCAAGAUUGAGUUGGAGCGUCAGCGCACCAGGUACAGGGAUGAGUACGGUCUGCUGCACAGUGAGAAUGAGGAGCUCAACAACAAGAUAGAGGAGCUCAAGAAUGAGAUUAAUAGGGUGAAGGUUGCUCGCAGGACUGAAAAGAGAAUGAGCGAGGAGGCCCUGGCACACUCCCAUGCCAUGUUCAACAAUCAGCUGGCACAGGUCAAGUCCCAGAAUGCCGUGCUGACUGCCGACCUUGACAAGGAGAGGUCACAGAAGGACAGACUCACUGCAGAGCUUGACUCCCUGAAGCAGAGACUACAAAGUGCCAGCCAGGAGCUGGAGAAGGGCCACCUUGCGAGAAACGAGCUGGAACGAGCGUCGCAGCACGAGAGAGACGAGCUGAAGCGAGCCAUCGACCACAAGGAGGCGGAGCUGUCUGCCCUGAGGGAGAACAAACGGGGCCUGGGGCAGCAGCUGGGCACUGCAGAGUCACGCAUCAAGGGGCUGGAGCAUGAGAUCCAGAUGACUCAGGCCUCCCUGAACGAGAAGAACAACCAGCUGAACAACCUGCAGAGAGACCUGGACCAGAGAAGGGGAAACCUGGAGACCCUGGAACAGAGAGUUCUGCAGGAAAGAGACAACUCCACCAAGCUCAAGGCCAAGCUGGAAACAGCCAAUGAGAAGAUCGCCGGUCUGCAGAAUGAGUCCCUGCUCCUGAAGCAGCAGGCGGAAGAGUCCAAGUUCGGGGGCCGGCCCGGCAGCAGGGGGGCAGGGGGGGAGCAGGACAGGCUGCAGGGCAUGCUGGACAGGAUGAAGGACGAGAAUCAGAGGUUGAAGGACAGUCUGGAGGAGAAGAACAAGUCCCUGACAGACACGGUGAACAUGAUGAGGGAGGAGAUGAGGAGUCAGGACAUGAACCGGAGCUCAUCUAACAUGGAGUACCAGCGCAUGCAACAGGAGCUGUCUGAUGCGAUGAAGAGGGUCUCCCUUGCUGAGGCUGCACUGGAGGGAGUCAAAAAGGCCAAAGACGGUCUGGAGAUUGAGAAAAAUGCUCUCCAGGGAGAGAUUGAGAGACUGAAGAGCAAGGUGAUGGGCCUAGAGGAACAGAGACACGAUUCCCAGACUAAGAUUCGGGAGCUCCAGGACCAUGCAAAAGAGAUGGAGAGACACUCAGUCGACCCGCAGAGAAAGGCAGAGCUGGAGACGUCUGUACAGAAGCUUCAGAUGGAGAAGGCCCAGCUGGACGCCACCCUGAAACACGAGCAGACUCGGGCAGAGAUGAUGCAGAAAGACCUGGAGGACUCGCACAAGGUGAGGUCCAGUCUGGAGGCCCUGGUCGCCAACCUGAAGACGUCCAACGUUCACUUGGAGGACAAACUCAGUGAGGAGGCAGCCAAUCGCAGCCUGUUUGCUCGUGAUGCGGAGGACUCCAGGGCAUUGUGGGAGAGCGAGGUCAAGUCCAGGUCAAAGCUGGGACUCAGGAUUGCACAGCUUGAAAGAGAAAAGGCAGAGGCACAUACAGGAGUGGACGAGGAGAAGAGGAGGAUAAAGAGGAUGGCAGAGCUGAAGAAAAUGUCUGAGGAGAAGAUGCAUGAGGAGAUGCAGAGAAACACCAGACUACAGGAGGACCUGGCCACAGCCAGGAUGCAGCUCAGGGGGGCCAAGAAGAAACUCAAGGAGUUCAUGUCAGGUGACUGGGGCCAGGAGAGGAAGGCUCUGCAGGGAACCAUCGAAACACUCAGGAAACAGGUUGGAGAGGUGAGAGGUCAGCUGGAGCAGGAGGAACAGAUGAGAGCCAAGGCUGACAUGCUCAAUAGGCAGCUGCAGAAUGAUAUGACAUCAUAUAAGACAAUGGAGAAGGAGGUCCAGAGAUUCGAGAAGCUGAAGGAGCAAAUCGAGGAUGAAUUCAUCAAGUACAAGCAACAUGUGGACUCAAACUUCGUAGACAAGUCCUAUAUUGACAACUACAAGAAACAGCUUGAGGCACAGUCUCGUACAGAGCUGAACAGCAAGCUUCAGCAAGUAAACGAGUACCUGGAAGGCCAGGCGCAGGCCCGCAACAAACUGGACAAACUCAGGGACAGCAACGAUGAGAAGAUACGCAGCGAGUAUGAACAGUCCAUGAAUGGGCUCAAGGGCGAGCUGGCCAGACUGAGGUCCUCCCUCAACGACAGCCUUACCCAGAGGGAAACAGUCAUCGCAGAGAAAGACAGAUUCAUGGAGAAGUACAACGAGGCAAUAAAGAAGGCAGAACGUCUGAACUCUCAGCUGGAGAAGGAGAGGGAGAGGAACACUGAGUCUGUCACAAAACUCACAGUGGAGAGACAGAAGUUACAGGACGUGAGUUCUGGCCUGCUGAACACCAGCAUGGGCGGCACCCUGCACAUCUCCAGCCUCAUGAACAACUCAACUGACGGUGAGGACGCCCUGACCAGGAAGGUGAGACAAGAGCUGGACAGGAGCAUCGCCCAUCACAUGUCAAGACCGCCCACCAGCCUUGGCCCCAGUCGCUCUAGACGGGAGUCGCCAAUGAAAGACAACGACAGCGCCUACCUCAACAGCCUACGCAGGAACUACUUUGUGUAGCACAACAACACGGGGCCAUGUUUUCCUACUCAUAAUGCGUCCAAAAGUUGUGACUAUGUCCUCUCAUCCACUGUGCAAUUCUGAGGCCAUGUAGCAAAGUUUCUGUAUCAAAUUGUUAAGGUUGCAAAGAAACGCUACAGUUCAUGUGGCAACAUUGUAUCGGAAGCAAUGUUUGUAUCGUUCCAGAAAGCCAUAUCUGGUUCCUUCCAUGCAGUGUUUUACAAUCUUGUUCCAUAACUGGCAAGUUCAUGUUUUUCUCUCAUGUUGUGUAUUUAAAUGGCACUUAAAGUAUAUAUUUUGUGCUGAUAUGUAAUCAAGAACAUUUUUGAAAUAAACUGUUACAUUUAUUAUGUUA